AUGGUGCGAAAUCUGCAUAUUCUGGCUUUUAAAAUUUCAAUAUUUUUCCAUUGUAGAGUGAUAUUCAGAUGGGUUAUAGCUAAAGAUUUAAAUAAAAACACAGUGAACGAGAUCGUUCAUCCUAAUGCCACCUCUACUUUGUUAAAGGGAGUUAAAAGUGGCAAAGAAACUUAUCAUCAUUUGUUUAAAAAGCUAUGUUGCUAUGCAGGUCUCCAUUGUGAAAUCAUUCUUGGUUACUCAAAAGGUGCAGGAUAUAAACCAGGCAUGCGCAUGGAAGGAAAUUCAUUCCGAAAUUCGUGGACAGCUGUUAAUAUUGAUGGUAGUUGGAGACUCAUUAACUGUACCUGGGCAGCUAGACACGUGACAGGUCAUCGCGAUGACCUUCCUCAACUCUUCCAUAAAUAUGACGAGUUCUACUUCCUUACCGAUCCUGAAGACUAUAUCUAUCAACAUUAUCCUGACGAACCUUCCUGGCAACUUUUAGACAUUCCCCUGCCAUUUUCUGAAUUCUUAAAUCUUCCAGUAGUUAAAUCCCCAUUCUUUAAUUACGGAUUAAGAUUUUAUUCUAACUACGGUGCCACCAUC